GGAGGUGAGGCAGCAGUAGAUGUAAACAUGGCGGACGGUAGAGGACAGAAGAAGCACCACCAUCAUUAUUCCAGCUCUGACAGCCGGGAGGACUCUAACAGCCAGGAUGGCACUAAGCAACAGUUCCCCAACAUCUUUAGGAACGACGGCUCCUUUAUGGAGAUGUUUAAGAAGCUACAGGAAGACCAGAAAAAGAAGGAAGACUGUAGCAAGUCGAGCGGUGUUGGUAUAGGGGCUACUACCACAACUACCACCACAACUACUACCACAACUACCACCACUACCACUACCACUACCAGCAGUGAUGAGGAUAGAGGAACCACCGUCCAGCCACCUGGGAAGGACCUACAUAAGAAGUCAUCGUUAAGUUUUGUGGGCAAACGGCGGGGCGGGAGAAUCCUUGCCACUGGAAUGGUCAAGAAGCAGCGGAAAGAACCGGAGACUGUGAAGCAGCAGCCUGAUGAUGGGAAAACAGAUGCAUGGUCACAAUACAUGAGUGAAGUUAGAAAAUAUAAGGAACAGUCAUGUGAAGAGGAAGGUAAAAGACGGCCCCUGGUUAAGUGAUUCGUCCUGAAGCAUCCUUUUUUAUAUAAUUUUUUUCUCCUGUGACAGCAAUCUUGGCCUGUGUUAGGUUCCAGUGUCUAAAAACAUGCUGACUAAUCUUAGGGUAAAUCAUGAUAACCAUUCUACAGAUUAUUUGAAAAUUACAUAAAAUUUACACCAGUACUUAAAACUCGUCUUAUCGUUAAAUGAGGCGUUUGUUAUUGGUUGACUAAGUUUGUUUUCAGUCUCAGGUUUUAAAUGGGGUCCUAACCUAUAGACACAACUAAGUGAUAACUAUAUUAAGUUGUAAACUUACUAGCAUUGUAAUAACCAGAUACUUGAACAUCAGUAUACUUCUGCAAAAAUUAUGGGCAGAGCUAAUAGUAUCUGGCAUUAGUGUCUUUGAGAUGUCUUAUUGUAUUAGGUCAAGUAGUCAAAAACAGUUCUUUGAUAUUACUAAGCUUAAAGAUUAAUAUCUUAUAAUAAGUGAUUUUUUUUUUCCCAAGUCCUAGGUAACAGUAUAAUUUAUUAAUGUCAUUCAUGCAUUGAAGUGGUCAUUCUGACAACUAUCAGUAUUUGAGCAUGUAAUUUUUUUUUCAUAAUCUAAAGGGAUUGUAAAUAUCAAGCUUCAAUAUAUAGCCUAUGUAUUGAUAGGUAUGUCUGCUAAAUGGCCAGAAUUGUAGACUUAAAUCAUAAAGGUAAAUGUAACCUCAUAAUGUUCACCAGCUGCUGAGUGCCCAAUUAUUUAUGGAAUUAGUAAAAAUGUUGCGCUAGUUUCCUUUUGGUAAUAUUUGUUACACUCGGUUACCUAGAAUAAUUUUUUUUAAUAUGUGCUCUGUGCUGCUCUGACAUUUGAAAUAUAUUUUAGGUUACAACUACAUUGAAUUGUUUUUUUUUUUUUUUUUUACUUUACUAAUCAAACUACAGAGUGAAUGGGGAGCUCCCCGUUUCUAAAGCAUUCUCAUCUUUUACUGGUGAUGUUAAUAACUGUGGCAUGCUUAUACAUGACUGUGAUUCUUGCAUAGGAUUUAUUAGUGGAGUUCAUUAGACAAAUUGUUAUCCCUCAGGUUGAGGUCAGAGGCACAUCAUGAAUAUUAAAGGUAUUUCCACAGAUGCAACAUUAACUUUCCUCUAUAGUACUGGAAUUUUUUUCUGAUCAACUACAAAUACUUGAAAUUUAUAUCCUGUUGUAUCUACAAAUCUGAUGCAACUUAAUGUAGCAGCAUCACUUAACAGUAUUAUGUCAUCCUACGUAUUUUCAUAUUUAAUCUUCGAAUGAAAGGAAUAUAAGAAAAUACUUAAAUUUUUUCUUCAUGGUGAGCUAUAUUAUUAUUAUAAUCAAAACUAAGCGCUAAACCCAUCAGGGUCAUGCAGCGCUGCAUGGUGAGCCAUAAUAAUUUGACAUGGAGUUUUGGAUGGUCCAUAAUUUUUGUCUACUUAAUGUAAUAUAAUGUCAUAAUUUCAGAAUCAAAGAUGAAGCCACAGAAAUAUAAAUGACCUUGUGUUGAUAAUCUGUGAUGGCCAUUACUGAAUAAUGCUCAUUAUCUCUGCUCUCAAUGUAUGUAUAAAAAGUGAACAACAACAAAAUCAAGAAAAUAUAAUUUAUUAAAUUUCUCAAA